AUGCCGUUCCGCGGUCUCAAGCUCGGGAAGCACAAGUCAGGCGGACAGCCGGCCGAGCGGGCCUCGAGCACCACUGAUGCUCCGCCGAAAGCUGCGGCGGAGCGCACAGGCUCUCAGCUCGGUGCCAACGCUGAAGCGCGUCCCGCGUCGUCAGGCGUGAAGGAGUCUGCGGCUACGACGGAGGCCUCGGCUGCGCCUACCUCCGCGACAAAGCCCGUGACCGAGGCACCUACGCCGUCUACGUUGGCGAGCGCGCCGUCUGCGACUGACACGACAACAUCUACGAAUCUAUCUCACUCACAUAGCCGUUCGCAAUCGCUGGAUCUGCGGCGACGUCUGCGAAUGCCAAGUACCAUGUCGCUAGGCGGCAAGCAAAAGCAUGGAUUUGGAUUCCGCCGUGUGCGCACAGGCACAGAUACGCCGGCUGGCGCAUCGACCAGCACUUUGGAUCUGACGAACGACGCAGCUACGCCUCCCGUGCCCCCUGUGCCGAGUACGCCAAAGAGCUUGAAAGAGUCUGCUAAGCCCGAGCAGGUCGAUCUUGUGGUGGUGCCACGCCCGACAGAGAUGUCCAAACCGCCCAUGACACCACAGACGCAGAGCAAGGGCAAGGGAAAGGCCCGCGAGGAGCCUACGCCACCUGUGCCCGGCCCGGCCAAGACGACCAUGUUUGCUGGGGCAGCGCGGUCGCCGUCGGCCUCUUCGUCGAAUACACGUUCACCUGCGCGUGGCAUCUCUUCGACCAAGGGCGCUGGCGUGCCAUCGCCGCAGCACCAGAAUGUGACUGCGAAGCUGGCGAGCGCGUCUACGGGGCAGCCAGGCGAAGUGAUUUUGCUGCCGCCUCGUAUGCCCAAGCCACGUCCUACGGCCGCUGCUACGGCGCCUACGACGCCUAAGCGCGAUGUGCCGGCGAAAAUGUCGCCCAUCGUUGUCCCAGCAGCGACCGCGAAGACGCCCAGUACGACGACGGGGGCCGGUCUUGUGGCCUCACCGAGCUUGGUUGGUGCCAAGCCUUACAUGCUGCCGUCGUCCACGUCGGCCGCCAUGACGUCUUCGAUGACGUCGUCGGUGAGCGCGCCUAUGCCUAUGCCGUCGACGCCGAACACGAGCGGCCUUGCGCCGUCGAUCUCUGGCGCUGGCCUCAACUUGCCUGUGCACUCGUACCUCUCGCCUCGCAAGUCGAAUAUGACCUCGCUGCCUGCGACGCCGCGGGCGUACGAGCUGCCUCCGUCCGACUCGUUGCCGUACCUUGUCUCGCCUGACCAAUCGCGCGAGAUCUCGGCGGCCAAUACCUCUUCGACUUCGAUCGUGGAUCGGUCUACCCACUCGCCGCAUGUGCCUACGCCUACGCGGGCCCAGAAAGAGGGAUGGAUUCUGGACGAUGAUGACGAGGAAGAGAGCGAGGUGGACGAAGCGCACCAGCUUGUAGCGGAUGAGCGAGACCUGGCGUCGUUGUCGGACGAGCAGGACGCCGAUGAGCUCGCCAGUAUGGAUGGCACGUACGCGUCGCAUGCGCCGACAGUCAUGUACGAUGCGGAAGAGUUCCUGGACGACGGCGCGUCGACGGCGCUCGGUCACCGCCCAACCGCCGCUGCAUCGUCGCUCGGUGGCCACCGCGGCAUGCCUGGCUCUGUGCCGUCGGACUUUGGCCAUGAGCGUUCUACGCCGCUGGCGCCUGCCGCGCAGAUUGCGCCGACGACUACAGCCGAGCGCGAUGUCAAGGUCCGACCGCUUUCCACGCAUGCGCCUAUGCAGUCGUGGCUCAGUCCCUCGGACGAUGCAUCGUUCAAGGUGAAAAAGUUGGUGGACACCAAGGCCCCUGCCCGUCCUAUCGUCAAGCUGCAGCGUGCUUCGUCGUCGGCUUCGACCGCCACCACCUCGUCGGCGCACUCGGCGGUGGCCCCUGAGUCUAUGCCGGCCGAGAAGACCUUGCCUGCGAAGACGACGACGCCUACCAAGACUGACACGGCGAAGGAGCACGAGGAGGGCCCUGAGCACAAGUCUCUCUUGUCGUCCAUCGGUGCCAUGUUCCACCACCACAAGGGCGAGUCGGAGUCGCAUGCGUCGUCGUCGCCGCCGCGUCAGGACCGUGCGUUGCCUGCGUCGCCCAAGGAUGGCACGUCAGUCCCGCCGCAGGGCACCGAGCCUGGCAUUGUGAUUGAGACGCCGCCUCUGCCGCCGCGGAUGCGUCCUCGCCAGCCCUCGAACGAUUCGACGGCCAAGGCCGAGGAGACAUCAACGCUGCCGAAGCCUGCGCCGCCAAUCAGCACACUCUCUGAGCCUGUGCCUAUAUCGUCCGUCCAGGGCACGCCUGUGACGGCCUCGACGCCGACUAUGUCGAUGCCCGUUGCGCCUGUGGCACUGCCUACGUCCUCGAACCCAACGCAGUCUCCGGAUGUGGUGGUCCCUGACACCUCAGCGGUGGUCGCGACGGCUUCGCCGUCUGAACCGCCUGCGCCUGAGACUCGGUCUCUGUUGGUGAGCACCACGCCGACGCGCCCUGUGGCGGCCAACACGACGACGCCGUCGUCGUCGUCGGAGCGUGCACCGACGCAUUCUACGACUGAGGCGCCUGUACCCCAGUCUGUGGCCUUGGUCGAUCCUGUUGUAUCGCCUACGCGUCCCAAGCCUACGGCCACCGAGACGACGACACCGGCGCAGGCUGAGACUGACACGGUGACGUCGCCGACAGAUGUGGUACAGACCACGAUGCCGGCGGAUGUAUCGACCAAGGCUCCGAUGACCGAGGAUGUAGCCACGUCGAAGGCCACGACCACAGACGACGUCGUCUCUUCGAAGGAGGACGCGUCGGCCAAGGAUGUCGUCUCUUCGAAGGAGGACUCGGCCACGCCAGGCCUUACCGCAGAGACUGCGCCGACACCGACGAGAGACGUUGCCUCGACAGAGGAGGCAGCCGCCCCAUCUGCCAGCAAAGAUGCAUCGACCAAGGUGCUUGCAACGACCGAGGAUGCGCCUGCCGAGGUGGCUCCUACGGCGCAGGCGCCGACAUCGACGGUCGCCGAGGCGACUACGCCCACCAGCGUGCCGGAGCUUGCGUGGUCCGUGCACCCUGAUGCCUCCGUGCGUCCCGUGACUCCGCCUGGCUCCAAGGCCGCGACGACGACGACGACGACGACGACGACGACGACGACCGAGGCCUCCUCGACGCACCAACCGACCGUCACAGAGACCGUAGCAGCGGCCGCUGGCGCAAGUGUGAGUGGCCUCAUGACCGGCUUGUCGAAGUUGUGGCACCACUCGGAGGACACGCCGAAGGACGGCACAUCGUCGGUCCUGCCGUCGUUCCUGGCCAACCAUACGCCGUCGUACUUGCCGUUCCACUCCUCGUCCACGGACGCGACGCCUGCGUCGCCGGCACGUGCGCCGCCGCCGACGACCACCGAGGCGCCGACGUCGCCGCCGCUGCCGCCUUUGCCGACGUCGCCCACGCCGCAAAAGCCAGGGCCAAGCCGGGCGGCGAUGCGCUCGUUGGCCGACGAGUCGCCAUCCAAGGGCGGGCCCGCCGAGGCCCUGCCUGUGGACAAGGUGGCGAUGCCCUCGCCGGCGCUCACAUCGAACUGGAUACAGACGUCGCCGGCUGUGCCUGUGGACGACGUCCCGAUGCCCGUCCCGGAGGUGCGCGAGGUGCCGACCCCUAUCUCGGCGCCUGCGCCGUCGUCCGAUUCGCACGCACGUGACGUGCCUGCGCCGACCCACGAGGACGACGAGGCGGAAGUGCUGUCCCCUGUGAGUCAGUACGACGACGAGGACGAAGAGGAAGAGCAGCCGUCGCGCAGGUACGCGACAGAGGACUACCAAUCGCGCUAUUUGCAGACGGUGCCGGAAGAAGAGCAUGGCGAUGCAACGCUGAUGAACUCGCACAACCCAAUGGCCGAUAUCAGCCAGGACCCAUCGAUGCUGCAGAGCGAGACGCUCUCGACGGAAUCCGAGAUGCCCACCGCGGCGCCAGCGCUGCGCGGCACGGGUGUGUACGACCCAGAGACCUUGACACAGUUCCUUCGUGCGAUGGACGAAGACGACUACGGUCGCGCCGUGUACCGUGCGUCGUCCAUGGGCGUCCCGCUCGACGUGAUUCCCUCGAAUCAACCGACAGCGACAGCUGCCGCAGCGCCGGUGGCGCCUGUCGAGCCGCCGCAUCCGCGCCCCAGUGAGCUGUUUGCCGGCAAGGGCGUGCGGUGGGACUCGCCCGACUGGCUUCGCUCGCAAAUCCACGGGUCCCGCGCCCAGAAGAGCGAGGCACCUGCUGCCCACGAUUUCCACACGUUCCUCAAGCAGCGCCGCCAGCUGGUCCCUGCCUUUGUCUGGCGCGAUGCCGAGACGGGCGAGGAAGUGCACUCGCCGCAGGCGCCGCACCACGAGAGCGACAAGUUCCAGGAUGCAUCGACUACGGUGCCCACCGAGGCCUCUGUGCCCUCUGCGCCCACGACGCCGGGUCGACCGGCCUCGCCUGCACCUGGCCAGUCGACGCCGGGCGGCGGCGCGAUGCCGCCGUCCACGUCGCGCGGCUCGUUGGGGUCGGCGCACAGCUCGGAUGUGCGUAUGAGCCGCUUGCUGUCGCAAGACUCGUACUGGCUGGAAGACUCGGCGCCCAUUGAGGCGAGUCUGCUGAGCUUGGACCAGCUGGAAAAGUCGUACCAGGGCAAGCAUUCCACGUCGGCGAUGCCGCGUCGUGAGCCGCUCUUGCGUCAGCCCAAGCCCAGUGUGCGUGAGACGCCGGCCGCGAGCAAGACGCCGGCGUCUACCGCCCCCCCUCCGGACGUGCCGCCCAAGGCCGACGAGUAUGCGCAAGUGCAAGAGCGACGUGCGAACGAUUUCCGUACGUCCAUGUCGCAGCCGCCGUACGUCACGAUUCAAGCGCCGCCCCGUCACGCUGUGGAUCCGUCGGAGUUUGACCAACAUCUUGAGCAGGCGCGCCAGAAGCAGGCUGCGCAGUACGAAGAGUACGCUCGUCAGCACCCCACAACGAAGCUUGCGACAGUCCCAGCGCCGGCCCAGCCGCAGCCGCCCUCGGAGCCUGCGCCGCCGCCCGCGCAACCGACGCCGCCUACCUCGAACAGUGCUUUGUCGCCCGUGAUUGGGCCGAAGGGCGUGCCUCUGAAGCCGCUCAAGGUGCGGCCGGAGAGCUACGUGCCCUACGAUGAGUUUGGCGGUGGCCGUCCCCUAUACGAAAUUGAGGAAGAGCGUCAGAAACAAGCGUCGUCGUCGGUCAAUGCCGCGGCCGACUCGGCGGUGGCUACCGAGUACGAAAAGCAGCAGCAGGAGUACGAGCAAAAGAUGCAAGAGUACCACGCCAAGCAGCGUGAGUACGAGCGCCAGCUGCAAGAGUACAAUGAACAGCAGCGCGAGUACGAACGCCAACUGCGUGAAUACGAAAAGCAGAUGCAGGAGUACGAGCAGCAACAGGCACAGCAGCAGGCCCAACAUGCUCAGCCGCUGCCGUCCCAGAACGCACGAUCGUCCUCCCAAGCCAUGUACGAGGCGCCAAAGGGUUCGCAGGCGUACGAUACACACGAUCCGCAUGCGUACGCUUACGAGCCACACUCGCCCCAGCCCGGCUACGAGGCAUACGCACAGCAGGGCUACGAUCCUGCGGCGUACAACUACGGCUCGUACGAAUACCAGCAGCAGCAGGCCUCGUACGCCCAGCCGUCCUCACACGACGCGUACGCCCAGCAGUCUUACGAUGCGUACGCCCAGCAGGGAUACCAGCAGCAGCCCAACUCAUACGACGCUGCGUACCAGCACUACGACGCGUACGCCCAGGGCGCGUACUCAGGGGCCGACCAGGCUGCGUACCCCCCUGCGCCAGCGCCAGCGCCGCCGCAGCCGCACCAGCCGCCGCAAGAGUACGCCUACCAGCCACAGCCUGCGUCCAGCCACAGCCCUUCGAGGCGGCCCAAGGUAGCGCAUGCCGUUUCAACGACGCCGCUAGCGAAGAUGAACAUCCCGCCAGCGCAUCACUUUAACGAUGUGCCUUUUGCGCCGAAGAUGCAGCAAGGCGGGUCGACGCGCCCCCGGCGUCCAGACGGCUCGCCAGCGUCUACGGCCAUGACGCCAAAGCCCUCACGACGUCGGCAUGGCGGCGGCACGCCCUCGGCGUCGUACGCACAGACCUUGGCCCCUGCGUCGCCCCCGACCUUGUCCGUCCCACGCGCGCCUCGCUCGCCAGCGUCCAUGCCCGACACGUCACGCUCCCCGAUGCGUAGUGCGUCGUACCAGAAAUCGGAACGUUCGCAUCGCCGCGGCGGCUCCGGUGCGCGGUCCGGCUGGGCUGCGCUGUUGCGCAACGAUCCCAUGUCGGCAGCGCGCUAA